AUGACAAAUGCUCAUUUCGUUUCACAAUUAAUAGAACUCACAGAUGACAACUUGGAUGAGCACAUAUUUGAAUUGUAUUCCGAAAGCUCCCCGCCAGACAAUUUGGGAUUCGUCAACAAGAGGUCCGAUGAGAUAGCCAUCACAAUUCCGGAUUGUAAUAUCGAUCUCACAGUGAGACAGUCAAUUUCACAGUUGUCCUCAAAGCACACAAAUAGCACCACUGGAUACAUAUGUUGGAACACUUCUGUCCACAUGGUUGAUUGGCUAUUUUCGCCCACAUGCCCAUUCAAGUUAUUCAAGUCCCAAGUGCUCUUAGAAUUAGGUACUGGCGUGGGCGGCAUUUGUGCAUCGACCUUGCUGAAACAAGUAGGUCACUAUAUCGCAACUGAUCAGAAGCAUAUCUUGAAACUAUUGAAGGAGAAUAUAAUAACCAAUGUGUCUAGCUUCCAAAGCUCAACUCUACCGAGUUCUUCUGAGAAUCUGAAAGUCAAAAUCGACGUAAUCGAAUUCGACUGGGAGGAGACUGAAGUUGGCUGUUUUAAUCUUGCAAUGCUCGAAACACGACAAGUGGAUGUAGUACUUGCUUGUGACACCAUUUACAACGAAUAUUUGGUGGGACCAUUUAUAAAUGCACUUCAAUCCCUUCUACAUGGAGAUUCUUGUGCUUUGGUUGCUAUCCAGUUGAGAGAUUCCAUAACCAUGGAGCGCUUUGUUUCAGAGUUGGUGCAUGCUGAUGGACUAAGAACGUAUGUAGUCCCGCUAACUUUGCUAAAUGAAGGUCUACGACGAGGAUUUCAUAUCUACUACGUUUCAAAAGAUUCGAAACUAUAG